GGCACUGUGGUUCUUUAAGAAUGACAAGAGCAAGAUGUGGCAGGCGAACCUGCGCCUUGUCACCAAGUUCAGCACCGUGGAGGACUUCUGGGCCCUGUACAGUCACAUCCAGCUCGCCAGCAAGCUCACAUCGGGCUGCGACUACUCCCUCUUCAAGGAUGGGAUCGAGCCCAUGUGGGAGGACAGCCAGAACAAGCGUGGUGGGCGCUGGCUCAUCACACUGGCCAAGCAGCAGAGGCACACGGAGCUGGACCGCUUCUGGCUGGAGACGCUGCUGUGCCUCAUUGGGGAGAUGUUCGAUGAGUACAGCGAUGAGGUGUGCGGGGCCGUCAUCAACAUCCGCGCCAAGGGUGACAAGAUCGCCAUCUGGACUCGCGAGGCAGAGAACCGUGAAGGGGUCACCCACAUCGGGCGUGUCUACAAGGAGCACCUGGGCCUGUCACCGAAGGUGGCUAUUGGGUACCAGGCCCACGCGGACACGGCCACCAAGAGCGGCUCCCUCAACAAGAACAAGUUUGUGGUGUGACUGUGAGGGGAGCUGGGGACCCUGUGAAACCCUGCAAUGAAAUGGCUGCAGCU